GUGGGGUGACUUAGGGGCAGAGCCUCAGCAACUGGGAGAGUUUAUAAGCUGGGAAAGCAGACCCCUCAGCACCACCGGUUCUCCUCAUCCCUCUGCUCUCUGGCUCCAGCCUCCCAGCAGCAUGGCUUUCACCGGCAAGUUCGAGAUGGAGAGUGAGAAGAAUUAUGAUGAGUUCAUGAAGCUCCUCGGGAUCUCCAACGAUGUAAUCGAAAAGGCCCGCGACUUCAAGAUCGUCACGGAGGUGCAGCAGGAUGGGCAGGACUUCACUUGGUCCCAGCACUACUCCGGGGGACACACCAUGACCAACAAGUUCACUAUUGGCAAGGAAAGUGACAUACAGACAAUGGGCGGCAAGAAGUUCAAGGCCAUCGUGCAGAUGGAGGGCGGGAAGCUGGUGGUGAAUUUCCCCAACUAUCACCAGACCUCAGAGAUCGUGGGUGACAAGCUGGUGGAGGUCUCCACCAUCGGAAGCGUGACCUAUGAGCGCGUGAGCAAGAGACUGGCCUAGGUAUCCAGGUCCGGCCCAAGGAGCUACAAACCCGCCAAUAAAACUGAUAAGGACAGACA